AUUCUUUUUCGCUGUCAUUGGUAAAUGAAAGUAAAAAUUUUGCUGGUCAUCUGCAAUUUGUUUUAGUGAAUUAAGCGACUAUUAUUUUUUACUUUAUUAAAAAUGGCUUUAGCUGAAAUAACAGGCAUUGCUAAUGCUCCAUAUAUGAAAAUAAACAAUAGUUCGAUGGGGUUUCUAGAGCAAACUUACAAUCUGAACAAUCCAUAUUGCCUCUUAGCACCACCAUCGAAUGGACCUGUCGAUAUAAAAACUAUGAAUACUGCAGGGGAAAAAACUGGUAUUAAGAUUGAUUACGACCACGGAACUACUACUUUAGGAUUCAAAUAUAAAGGUGGUGUCAUAUUAGCGGUAGAUUCUCGCGCAACUGGAGGCCAAUUUAUAGGUUCACAAGAAAUGAAGAAAAUUGUAGAAAUCAACAAAUACUUAUUAGGCACAUUAGCUGGUGGUGCUGCUGAUUGUGUUUACUGGGACCGCGUACUUGCGAAGGAAUGCCGUUUGCAUGAGCUGCGAAAUAAGAAACACAUAUCUGUAGCCGCUGCUAGCAAAAUCAUGGCGAACAUUGCCCACGAAUACAAGGGCAUGGGCUUGAGUAUGGGUAUGAUGUUGGCAGGGUAUGAUGAUAAAGGUGCAGGUCUAUAUUAUGUGGAUUCGGAAGGAUCACGUUCCCCAGGGAAUGUAUUUUCCGUUGGAAGUGGUUCGAUAUAUGCAUAUGGUGUUCUUGAUUCCGGUUACAAGUUCGACCUAGAAGAUCUGGAUGCGUAUGAAUUAGGGCGCCGCGCUAUUUAUCAUGCUACAUUCAGGGACGCAUAUUCUGGAGGCAUUGUUCGGGUUUACCACUUGAAGGAGGAUGGGUGGAUCAAAAUAUCCGAAGAUGAUUGCAAAGAUCUACAUUAUAAAUACGCCGAGGAGAAAAUUCAAUAACUUGUACAUACCGCAGAACUACCUUUGUGAAGAUACAACAUAAAGAAAUACAUCAUGUAGUUGCUACAAAAA